GUUCUCGCGACUUCAAAGAUCCAUGUGAUAAAGCCGGUGAUCCAUUGUCCGAGAAUAGUAUAAGAUUAGAUACAACUAAGAAGUAAGCAUGAAGAUAAAGUUCAAGUAAUCACUACCUCCACACAAGAACACGCAUGGUAAAGUAAUCACUACCUCAACACCACACAAACAUCUUCGACAUCACCCUCCUAAUAACGCAAAAAAGCACUGUAACGAUAAGAAAUGGAACGAUUCUCCUCGUUUGGUUAUGUAGGUGCAUGCCAGACGGUUGGUCGCUGACGCCAGACGUCAUUCGGCUACAGCCUGAUUGUUGGAUCGAGCAUGAUGUCGAAGGUUUGCGGCCCUGGCAAGCCGUAUGGGCGUUUGUUGCCCAUAAUUUUGUUCAAGGUUUUGCUUCUGUGGAUAUGGGAACAGCACGACCUAACGAAGAUAUUGGAAUUGGAUUUGGAGGUGCGGAGGCCGAACGCACUGCAGUGCGAAGAGACCGCCCGUAAAAAUGGUGGUGAAGAGAGCAUAAGCGUACCAGGAAGAAGGUUGAGAUUAGGGCACCGAGCGCGGACAAGAAGAGCGGCGAAUCCUGAGCAGCAUGAGUCCCACGCGCAGCGCCCACUGCCUGAGCGACCUGUUGGAAAACAGCACGAGACGGCUCUAGCACCUUCACAAGCAUCAAGGCUCUCAAUGAGUGGGAGAAGUUGCGUAAGAGAAACAUGCUCAAGUGCAGCUCCGUCUGUGCGUGUGCUCUCGUUAUUUGCACACGCUGUUAACUCCGCACCUCCAAUGCCAAGUGGUCUGCCACCAACCUUGGAAGAAUCCUUAGGGAUCGGCAGUGCUUCAGCACGGCUUCUAAACGAACGAGGGGGCGUACCUUCAUCUACUGACCAGAGUUCUGAGGGCGCAAGUUCGAGUAGAAACCUGGCCACAUCAUCGUCGAUGGGUGGCGUCAGUUCUACAUGCGAUACCGCGGCCAUAAACUACGACCCAAAUGAUGGCUGGUGUUCUGUAUACGAGCCGCUGACAGCCUUUUAUCCCAAACGGGUGUCACCCCAUUGUGCCCAAGUGAAGUGCGAGUUGCCAGCUGGUUCAGGCGAAUUCAUUGGUGCCUGUCAGAACGAAGAAUACAUUCAGAGCCAGAUCAGCUUCUGCAAAUCUCGCGUUUGCUAUGAUGCGGUACUUCCUGGUCAUGUGGCUUUUCAAAAGUGGACUCUUCAUAACGAAUUCUAGAGAAUGGGCCAUUCCGUCGCAAAAUAUCGUUACUCAUCAACUAGGGAAGAACGCUAUUCAGCAGCCAUCCCUGCUGUCUUUCCACAAACUAUGUAUUUAUCACUGCUCCAACGAUCAUUAUCGAGCAUCUCCUUCUCCAUCGACAAUUUUCUCCCCACAAGUGUGUUCCGCCGGCGCAAUUUCAAGAUAUGGAGUGGACUUUGCGGGAGAAGGAUCGCUUAGUAGAGGAGCGCUUUAAGGCUCUGGUGGAAGAGCGCAUGCGAAAAGAGGUGAACUCGACAGUGGGCGUCGAGGUGCCGAUGCUUUUCACCUACAACUCAGAUUGCAUUGAGGCCUUCAAGGAUGCCCUUUGUUACCUCAACUUCCCCAAGUGCGGAUGCAGACAGGAGUCGCUGCCCAUGUGCAGGAGCGUUUGCACCAACUACUAUGCGGGUACUACUAGUACUUCGUUCUGAACUGAAGAUAGAAGGUCAAUCAACAUUAAGCUGCUGCUUUGUGCUACUGCGAGUUUUUAUGUGAGGCAGAGACGCUCGUAAACUGCGACUGAUCCCGCAGUGCUAUUCCAGAUUUAUGAUCGUUUCUACCCCCGUGAUGGAUAUUUCCGGUCGUUUUUAUUGAAGAUUCGCCUUCUUAAGACGCGGCGUAAGCAAGCGUCGGGCCUCUCGAAGAUUGAGGUCUGCAAUCGUCUUUCUGCGUAAUGACGUGAUUUCUGGCCGAUGAUGGUCUCCGAAUCGGCUGAGGUUGGCAACAGUGCAGGCGAAAGGAGGCGCCGUGAUCAGUAGGACUUCCUCCUCCUACGCGAAUAAGCCUCAUAUUCCUUUCGUUUUCAUCGAUUCUCCCUAUGUUUUCUUGUUGGUCGUGUCUGGCUAUAUUCUGACGCCAUGUAGUUACCAUAUUGGAAAAUGAGCCUUCUUUGCCUGUAUGUUGCCUUCCCAGGCGCCUUUCCCUGUGAUCGUUUCGUAAAGGCUGCCGCGACUUCCGUCCCCAGGCUUGCCUUCUAAGCUGACGUCCUUUUCAUAGGCUUCCUUCGCGUCCUUUUCGAAUUUGCACACAGAGAGAAACUAGAGUAGACUCUUCGAUCCAAAGAAAAUAGAGGGGCGUCAGGCACUCUCAUAGUUACCUCUACCCCCGUAGUGCAUGUUUCCGCGCUCUUUUCUUAAUGGACACCAUUUUUCUGAACUAUGUAAUCGGACCUCCUUCGGGAGUCAUCCGUUAAAAUUGGAACGAUACAGAGAAGAUUAGCAUGGCCCCUGCGCAAGGAUGACACGCAUAAAUCGAGAAGUGUAAACAAUUUUUUUCGCUAUUUUGUCACGUUUUUCAGAUCAAAUUCAAACCUAUGCAUUUUGCUUGAUCUUAAUGCUCGUCCCCACUUCCACCCCUUAUCGCACAAUUCUUUCUUAAAUUUCUCCACCUUCACAUGUGGCAAAUGUCAGCUUGCGGUGCUUCGACUCCGGACGACAGUGGGAAUUACCAAGAGUGUGAAGAUGGAUUUAUCCUCAGGUACGGCCUGUUUGCGUCAUAUUACGGAGCGCGCGAACGAAAUGCAACUGACUUAAGCGCCAUACGAGAUGGCAUACGGAUUUCCAAUUUUGUUGGAGACGGCAUUCCCAGCCACCGACUUGGGACUUUCGUCGAGGAAUGCCCGCAAACCAGUAGUGAGCGACGACAGCUUAGUGGGAUAGAUGGAAAUGUUAUGAGAACGGGCAGUACUUACUUAUAUUAAGGUAAACAUCAAGAUCAAGGCAAAGCCGGGACGGCCUUUUCACGUGCAAAAAUAUCUAUAUCGGGAAUAAGUAUGUAUCGCUAUUGGUAGGUGGCUGCGGGGUCGUGUGGAUCCUGCUGAAGAAAAUUUCGAGACAAAUCAGAGGAAGAAGGGGAAUUCGCGCAUUCAGGCUAGGAUAUUGCUAACAAUCCAGCUCUAAAAACGCCUCCUCGGGGGGAACAAGUGAUGAGGAUCUUUCAUCGGAAUCUGAUGGUGACGCAACGAGGGGAGAAGAUACCGUAGGAGACGGUAUCAAGCCCAACACAAUCCGCUUGGGCGCGCUGGAAGCAAAUCGACGACGCCUGAAGCAGAUGACUGAAGCAUGCCAGGUACCUGAUCGCAAAACUUCAAAGCAUGUCAGAUUGAAACUAAAGCCAAAACCGUGUGCACUUCAGUCUAUCUUUGAGCUUACGAUUGGAUUGGUAAAUGACAUGCACUCUAUGUAGUCUUUUAUAGUUGUAGUAUGCUAUCAUCUGCGAUGCGUUGCAUCACGUGGUAGUUCGGUUGCGCCUUCCAAUGCAAUCAAGUAUGUAUGUUGUAAUAUCUAAAAAUUCAAAAAUGGCACAAUAAAUCUGAAACCAGGAAGCAUCUUUUGGGGACAACUCUGCGGUAGGUUCUGGCGUGAACGCGGACAAUAUGCAAGUAUCGGCAAUCGACAAACCGGAGGAGCCAACCUUGCUAUGGACUUUUCUGGCACUGUGCGCACUCUUUCUCGCGAUUGGGCUGAGCUACCUCUUCUCCUUUAUAGACCCCUCGUUGGAUCCAACACGGCGCUACCUCAAAAUGGUCUGUAUUCCGGUAUAGUUUUCCUUUUCAUCUAUAUUACUUACUUGCUUGUCUUUGCUUUUUUACGUGUUUUCCUUGCUUUACAUGAUAGCGUGACACCACGGAUAACUAGAACUCGCUUUAUCUACCAGUAUUCCUCUGGGUCUUGUUAUUCCUUCAGAUCGCCUUUGCGGUAGUGUAUUUCAUCUUCGAGUAUGUCCAGCAGACUCUUGAUGCUGGUAAGGUGGCAAGUCCAGACGGAAAACCAGUGGUCUUAGCCUGCAUUGAGGGGAAACAGCAAGUCUCAGGAAACUGCGCAAAGCGGCUUCGAUGGCCUCAGCUAACACAAAUGGCGUGCUCCACCAUGUGCACGGGAAAUGCUUUUAGGAAGCGUGCGGCAGUAAAUUUGAUGGCGUUUCUGCGAAUUCUCUUCCUUGUAGGCGGAAUGUGGUACUGGAGUCUCAGGAAUAGAAUAUGCACUUCUCGUUCUUGGAGCCGUGCCCGUGAGAAUAGGAAUAGGAGUAGAUCGUGGUUCUCAUUGUCGAGGCCAGUGCCUUUACCAAAGGCCUCUCGAUGUCGCCGAAAGAGCGACAUCAAGGCACUAGAGGUAAGGACUGUAGUCCUCAUGGGACGACAUAACGAAUCUCGGCCAAGCCAUUUGAAUUCAAGGACUCGUCCUGCUUCCACGCAAACCGAUCGAACAAUGACGACGUGA